CGUGCGGAUGGGUUAGCGUUUAGCGGCGUUAAAAACAUUAUUUUCGUUCUGUUUUGUUUUGUGUGCGUUUAUUUUUUUCGGUGUUUGUUUGUUUAUGUUUGUGCUUAAAGAAAACUUAACAGCUUUGUGUGCGCCAUUGCAAAACUGAAACGUUAAAGCAAAGCAAAGAGCGCAAUUCAUCUGCCCAGAGUGACAAAAAAUCAGCAACAAAAAACCGAAACAAAGUUUGUUUAUACAUUAGCUGUUGUUGUUGUUGUUGUUGUCAAAGUGAAAGCGUGCGAAAAGCAGACGUAGCCAUCACCUUAACAUUGCCCACAGCCCAGUGUGCGCGAGGCCACUCCGCAAGCGUCCAAAAAGCAAAAAAAAAAAAAUUAACACUAAACGCUACAAGUGUUAAGUGCGUGUGUGUGUAUGUGUGUGUGAACAAAGAGUGUACAAACGGUAUCCUGUUCCUGUGGCCAAGCUUCCGGUCAAACAUACAAUUUGCCGAGUACUCCAACCGCAACUGUUGCGCCUGCUCAGACCACAGUCAUGUCAGUCACAGUUACAGCCAAAGCGACAGCGAUAGCCACAGGCAGCGACUAAGAUUGAUAUAAUAUCUGGAGCUCGCUCUCGUUUGUGUGUGUGUGUGAACUCUUGAUGCCCAGCAUGGCUACAGCUGGCACCACGCCCAUCACUGGUACAUUGUAUCGCCCAGCGGCGGUGGCGGUGGCGGCGACUGGUGCCACGCCCACCCUGCCCGUUGCUAUGUUCUAUGCAACGCCUCCCAAGCCAUUUGCCGCUGGCGCUGUGCGAGAUGGCGCGGAACGCAGUCGCCUCUUGGAGCUGCUGCGUGCGCCCAACAAUCUCACCUCGCCCACACUGGAGCCCUCGUCCAAGGGCCUGCUAAAUGGACCAGGCCAAAACAACUGCUUCCUCAAUUGUGCCGUUCAGGUCUUGUGGCACUUGGACGCGUUUCGACGCUCGUUUCGUGGACUGGCUCAACAUGUUUGUGGUGGCCAAGAUUGCAUAUUCUGUGCCCUAAAGGAACUCUUUCAACAGCUGCAGACCAGCUCGGAGCCCGCGCUCUGUCCGGAGCCCUUGCGCCGCGCCUUGGCCAGCGGCCCCUUGGCCGGUCGACGCUUCCCUUUGGGCUGCCUGGGCGACGCCGCCGAAUGCUUUGAGCUGCUGCUGCAUCGCGUCCAUUCGCAUAUCUCGCCCGACGAUGGCGACAGCUGCGAGUCGCCCGCCUGUGUCGCCCAUCGACGCUUCGCCAUGCGCGUCAUCGAGCAAAGCGUCUGCAAGUGCGGCGCCAACUCCGAGCAGUUGCCCUUCACUCAGAUGGUGCACUACGUUUCGGCCUCGGCAUUGACAUCGCAGAAGAGCUUGGCGCUGCAGAAUCAUCAGCAGCUGAGCUUCGGGCAGCUGCUGCGCGCUGCUGGCAACAUGGGAGAUAUACGCGAUUGUCCGAACACUUGCGGCGCCAAGAUUGGAAUCUGCCGGGCACUGCUCAAUCGGCCCGAUGUCGUCUCCAUUGGCAUCGUCUGGGACUCGGAGCGGCCGGCGGCGGACCAAGUGCACGCCGUGCUGAAGGCGAUAGGCACGAGUCUGCGACUGGCCGAUGUGUUCCAUCAGGUCAGCGAGCAGCGCUGGGCACAGCAGACGCAGCACGAGCUGGUGGGGAUUGUGAGCUACUACGGCAAGCACUACACCACUUUCUUCUAUCACACCAAGCUGAAGGUUUGGGUCUAUUUCGAUGAUGCCAAUGUCAAGGAGGUGGGUCCCAGCUGGGAGGGCGUGGUGGACAAGUGCAGUCGCGGCCGCUAUCAGCCGCUGCUGCUGCUCUAUGCCGUGCCGCAGCCGCCCAGCCACCCAGCCGGAGCAACGGAGCCCAGCAGCAUGGCCACCAUGAGACGCGCACUCACCCCCAGUCCGGAGAAGCCGAGCUUGGGCAGUACCAGACGCGCCAUAACGCCCACGCCCACACCCAUGCCGGCGGCCACGCCCACGCUGCAGCGCGCGCAGCCGCCGCCACCGCUGAACGAUUACCAGAACCUCAGUGUCAUACAGAAGAGCAUCUUUCCAGCAUCUGGCGGCGGCGGCGGCGCAGUCGCUGCUCCCAGUGCGGAUGAAACUGACGCCUACAUUAGCCGCAAGACUGUGGAGCAUGUGCUGAGCGCGCAAUACCAGAACCUGAGCGUCAUCCAGGACAAGAUUGCGGACUGCAAGGAGGGCGGAUUUCUCAAUCGCAAGCCCAUCGAGGCGAUGCUGAGUGCGCAACUGGCGCGGCGCCAGCAUUUGCAGCUGCAGCGCAGCCACAGCGCCGAGUCGAGUGGCGCCUCCAAUGGCAGCUCGCCGCCCAGCGAUGGCCUCACCAUGCCCGAGCAUCUGAAUCAGCCGCGCCGACGCGACUCCGGCAACUGGUCGGGGGAUCGCAACAGCGCCAGCUCCGCCAGCUCCACCACGCUGGACAAUCCCUAUCUCUAUAUGGUGGCUAAGCGUGGCGUGGGCGUGGCCGCUGUGCCGCAGAGCCCAACGCGGCAUGGACUGCCCUACGAUGCGGGCUAUGACUCGUUCUCGCUGAGCUCCACGGAUUCGUAUCCGCCCAAGCAUGCGCUCAAUUCGCAGCUGGGCAAGAUACCCGAAGCGGCUGCAGCAGCAGCGGCGGCGGCGGCGGCGGCGGCAGCAGCUGCUGCUGCCAGCAAAUCGCAUGGCGGACAUAGCGACUGUGAGAAGCUUUGCCACGAGGCGGACCAGCUGCUGGAGAAGUCGCGGCUGGUGGAGGAGUCGCAUGAUCUGGAGACGGCGCUGGUGCUGUGCAACGCCGCCGCCGGCAGAGCACGCGCCGCCAUGGAUGCGCCCUACAGUAAUCCACAUACCAUGACCUUUGCCCGCAUGAAGCACAACACGUGCGUGAUGCGGGCGCGCAGCCUCCAUCGGCGCAUUCUGGUGGAGAAGGGCGCCGAGACGGAGGCCAUGCCGGAGUUGAAGCACAUGCGCGAGGGCAGCAACAGCAGCGUCAAGCACAUGCGCCAGAGCAGCAAGGACCGCACGCUCGAGCAGCUGGCCACGCCCACGCCCGCGCAGACGCCCAAGAGCAUCGAGAUCUAUGCGACGCUGCCCAAGCGCAAGAGUCCGCUGAAACCGACCGCGAGCCAUGGCAACAACAAUGAUGACAAUGCCAUUGAGUAUGAGCCGCAGGCGGCGCCAGUGCACGCCAAGCCGGAGCGUGAGUCGCGCUCGCUGUUCGGGCGACGGGACAAGGACAAGGACAAGGAGAAGGAGAAGCGUUCGCGCAGCGAGGACCGCAACAAGUUGACGCGCGAGUUUUCGCUGACGGAGACGCUGCUGGUGAAUGCCAAGGACACGCUGAAGAAGCACAAGGAGGACAAGGACGAGAAGAAGGAGAAGGACAAGAGCGGCAAGAAGCAGCACAAGAUACGGCGCAAGCUGCUCAUGGGCGGCCUAAUACGCCGCAAGAAUCGCAGCAUGCCCGAUCUCACCGAGGCGGACGAUGCUGCUCCAGUUGCUGCCGCAGCCAGCGCCAGCGUCGGCAUUGCCGGCAGCUCGCUGGACGACAGCGCUGUGGGUCGCCGCCAUGGACUCGGCUACGGCGGAGCGGCGGCCACAUUGAGCGGCUACAUCAGCGAAGGCGCCAAUCCCAAUCUGGAGCGCAGCAAACUGAUGCGCAAGAGCUUCCAUGGCAGCGGUCGUCAGCUGACAAUGGUGCCCAAGGUGGCGCCACCACCGCCCAUGCGCACUAGCUCCAGCCUGACGCCCCAGCAGCAGCAGCAAUUCCAUCACGAAGCCAAUCUGAGCAACAUUUCGGCCAUGAGCAGCAACACUUCGAUAAGCGAGGACAGCUGCCAGACCAUUAUAACCACCUGUGCCCAGGUGCACUCCGAGCAGAGUCCGCACUCUGCUGUCGGCGGCUUUGGAGCGUCGGACGAGCUGGACGGACUGCCGCUGCCGCCGCCGCUGGAGCUGCCGCCGUAUCCAAGUCCGCCGCAGUCGGUCUGCCACUCGCGUCAGGCGAGCGAGGACUUUCCUCCACCGCCACCACCCGAAAUGGAGCAACAGUUGCAGUCACAGUCACAGUCACAGUCGCUCGACCAGCAGCAGCAGCAGCAACAGUUGCAGCUGCGUAGCGGCCUUGAAAGCUUGGAGGGCACCAGCAGCAUUUUGGCGCAGCUGCAGCAGCGUCAGCAUUUGUUGAAGCUGCGCAAGGAGCAGGCCACGCCCACCAACUGCGAAGGCGGCUGGCUCAAAGAGCUGCAGGCCAAACAGCAGCAACAGCAGCAGCAACAUGAUCUCAGAGCUUCGCCCAGCAGCGUGCGUGAUCUAGCGCAUCGCUUCGAGCAGAGCAGCAGCAGCAGCAACAACAUGCGCUCCUAUGCCAGCCAGGAGCUGCUCAGCUGCAGUCCACAGCUGCGCACGCAAAUGAACGGACUGCCAGCCAACAAGCAACAGCCGCAGCAGCAGCAGCAGCAGCAACAGUUGCCGCCAGCGGAUACUGAUGAAGUCGAUUGCGUGCGCAUGCCGCCGCCGCUGCUGCUGCAGCAACAUCAUCCGCUGCUGGCCAAGCCCAAGUACGAGAUGUCGCAGUCGCAGAUUGCAGAGGAGAUUAGAGAAGUGGAGCUGCUCAAUACGCUGGUGCAGCAGACGCUGCAGGCGUCGGCGCCACUCAAGCGCGUAAAGAAGAAGAGCGUCUCGUUUUGCGAUCAGGUCAUACUGGUGGCCACCGCCGGUAACGAGGAGGACGACGACUUUAUACCCAAUCCCAUACUGGAGCGUGUGCUGCGCACUGCUCAGCAGCCCAGCGACAAGUUGACGGCGCAGCUGAUGCAGCAGCAGCAGCAGAAUAUGCUGCGAUUACAGACAGAGCCGCAGCCACGACAGCAACAGUUGCCGCUACAGCAGCAGUCGCCCAUGCUGGGACGCGCUGAUAUGCAGCGCUAUGUGCAGCGACAGCAACAGCAGCAGCAGCAGCAGCAACAUGAGCUGUAUCGUCUGCAACAGCAGCAGCAACAGCAGCAGCUGCAACAGCAACGCACCAGCAUGAGCGGCUUGGUUAAUCAGCAGCAGCAGCAACUGGAGUCGCAGUAUACCAGCAUGCCACGCCCACUGCAUGCAGCACAGCAGCUGGCACAAAGCUAUGCUAUGCAGCGACUGCAGCAGCAGCAGCAGCAACAACAGCAGCAGCAGCAGCAACUUGCCUACUUUGCCGCUGGCGCUGAGCAGACGUUGCCCUCGCCCUAUCAGCGUGUGCCACAGCCGCAUGGCUACUAUGCCCAGCAGCAGCAGCAGCAGCAGCAACUGCUCAAUGACAAGCCGCUGCAAAAGAAAGUGAGCUUUGAGCCUGGCACCAAGGGUGAAGCGGAGGCAGCAGCAGUAGCUGCGCCGCUGCCGCCACCGCCGCCAAUUCAAAGCAAACUCACUUUGCAGAAUGGUUUGCCCGAGGCCACCGCUGCCACUGCUGUCACCGCCAUACCCACCCGCGUCUACAACAAUGCCAUUGUCAAGGCCUCGGCCAAGGCCGUCGAGUGCCAGCUCUGCCGCAAGCGGCACGUCAUUGCGCCCGCCGUCUACUGCACCAACUGUGAGUACUAUUUGCAGAUGCUGAACCAGCGCAGAUGAUGGACCAAGCCAGCCGGAUGCACACACACACACAACACACACAUGGAAACCGAUAAUCUCAAGCAAUGCUGCCAAGCCAAUCUAGGAUUCGUCUAGCUAGUUAUAGUUUGUACUUUUUAGUUAGUGUGGCAUGCCACAAGGAGGCAGCAAAUACAAAUUACAGACUUUCCACAGCGCUUAGGGGAUGCGUCUCUUUUUUUUUUUGGCUGCACAGCCACUUUUAUGGUUCUACAUAAAAUAUUAACACUGUGCCACGCCCACUGCCCAUCAGUUUGCACACCCCCUCCCCCCACACAUUUGUUCCCAGCACACCUUAUAUAUGCAUUGCCUAUAUAGCUAACACAAGUGGCUAAAGAACAUUUAAAACGCAUCCCGCCACCUCUCAGCCCUCAACAAUUUAUUACCACCCUCACCACUUCCCCCAAAAUUUAUUCCCAUUCACUCUUGUCUUAACCAACUAAUUGCUUAACCUACACUUAAUAUUAGUUUAUAACUAUUUUUUAACGUUUUUUUAUGCUUUUUGACUAAGUGUCCAUACGUGUUUUUUUUUUUUUUUACUAUUGUUAACAAGUUUGAAACUCAGCCGCUGAGCUUCCGCCGUCGGGCAGUUGUCGAACGACUCCCGCACCAGCAACUUUACUAUAAUCUUACAAUUAUACAUUUAUAUAUUUAUAUAUAGCAUUUUUUUUAGCCUAUGCUUAAGCAUUUAUUUU